ACAACAGUAACAGCCAAAGACUUAGGUUGUCAGGGGAAUUGGUGCGUUGGUCGUUGCUAGGCAACGGAUAUCGUUGUUUAGUGACACGGAAAAAGACCAGAGGAAGCUCAAAGCUUUUAAUAGAAUCUACAAAACAGUCUCUGAACGAACACACAUGAAAUAGAGUAUCACAACCACACACACACACACACACACACACACACACACACACACAUACAUACACGCAUACACACACACACAUACAUAUAUAUAUAUAUAGAGAGAGAGAUAUAGACACACACACACGUUCACAAAGACACACACACACCAACUGAAAAUGUCGACCAAGAAGAAAGCUCCAAAAAUGGCCAAAAAACCUAGCAAAAAAAAUGUACUAGACAUGCAAGCUUAUGAAGACAGACAAAAGGAGGAGAAAUUCCAGAACUCAAUUGUGGAACUGAAUAAUUUGAAAGAAUAUCUUGCCCAACGCCAUUCGCUGCUUGUAAAGAGUGUGGCAAACAGGUCAGACUGUCACAAACGGCUGAACAUGUUGAGGGUCGAACUGGAGACACAGAAAGGGGAUUACAAGUCAGUUUCAGAGGAAAUGAAACGACAGUACAAGACAAUGGAAUCAGAAAUGAGUGUGAAGGUACACCUUCUGGAAACCAAACUGGCUUGUUGUAAGCAAAAGUUACGUGAAACAGAAGCAAAGCUGUUGAGUACACGAGCAGAAACGAUGCAACAUCUUAAAGAAAAACAGAAAGAAAUCGAUCUUCUUCACCACAAGCAAAAUUCAAUUCAGAGUUUCUAUGAAAAAAUAAUUCAUCAAGUUUUCGAUAACCUUGUGGUGCAAAUCAAUACAGGAAGAGAUCAUUUCGAAGGACACGGUGUAAUGAUUCAGGCCAGAAAUAAGAAACUGCUUCUUGAAUUUGGCUUAAAUCCUCUUGAUUUGUAAUAUUUUGCCUCAAGAUUUUCUGCUCCACAAGAGAAUGGAAGAGUAGAGUUGGCCUCACCAUCAUCAGAUAACAAGCAACAAUGAUGGCACUUCUUGUCCGCCCAGCUUUACAAUGGACAUAAACACACUGACCAAGUUGUUGAUAAUAGCUGAUGAAUGCCAGAGCUUGGGUGACCUGCCACAAGCUGGGUGUCCCAAUGAAAUCUUCAACUUCCACUUGAAGGAAACCAACACCAAGAUCCUUCCAUUCCUUAGAAAGAAACAUAUAUUUAAAGGAGAGUGAAAGAGAAGGAAAGAGAGAGGAAGAA